AUGUCGAUGGGCGCGCCGAGGCAGACGCGCCGCUUUGGCGCGCGGAACCAGAAGCUGCGAGCGCCGCGAAGUCAUGGCCUGGGCGUUCCGAUCGAGGACAUGUGGGAGCGGCUCUCUGUUGCCAUCACGCACAUCCAACACCACAAUAUCUCCAAGCUCAGCUACGAAGAACACUACCGCUAUGCGUACAAUUUGAUUCUCAACCAGCAGGGCGAUAUGCUCUACGCAGGCGUCCGACGCCAGGUGACCGACCAUCUGAUCAAGCAGAGCGACGAGCUGCUCGUGCCACUGUUUCCACUCGAUGCCCCUACCGCGCUCGCUGCAGAGGACGCGUACAAAGGAAAGGGCAAGCAGGAAAAUUUUAUUGCCUCCGUGCUCUGCCUGCUGCCAGAGAGCGAGCAGACGGGCGCGAUCUUGGCGACGAUUCCCGCCAACGAGCGGUUCCUCAACGCGGUGACGAGCGUGUGGGAAGACCACUGCUCGUGCAUGGGCAAGCUGCGCGACGUGCUGAAAUAUGUGGACCGCGUGUACGUGACGAAUGAGAACGAGCUGCCGAUCUGGGAGCUCGGCAUGGAGCUCUUCCGUGAUACCAUUGUGCGCUCCACGCGCGUCCUUUUUGCACCGAACCUGAUGGUCACGUUGCUGCGCCAGAUUUACUGCGAGCGCGAAGGCGCGUCUGUCGAGCGGCGCUCGCUCAAGAGCGUGUCCGAUAUGCUGCUUGCUUUGACGCAGCCCGGUGCGCAGGCGCGCUCGACUGUAUACCAAAAAGAUUUCGAGCCGCUGCUCCUGGAGACUACGUCAGAGUACUACUGUGCCGAAGCUGCGCGCCUUCUCGCUGCCGGCCAAGCGACGUGCUACCUUCAGCAGGCCGAGCGCCGCUUUGCUGAGGAGGAGACGCGCGUGCAUGCGUGCCUCAGCGCCGGGACACUGGCGCCGCUGCGCGCAGCGUUGGAGCGAAACCUGCUCACCGACCAUUUGGAAGAAGUGCUUGCCAUGGCCGACGGCGGCCUUGUCGCGCUGCUCGAGUCGGAUCGGCGCGACGAUCUGGAGCGCAUGUACCGCUUGUUCAGCAUGGUGCAAACAGGUCUUUUUGCGCUGAACAAGGCGCUGCGCACCUAUGCAACCAUAAAAGGCCAGGCGAUCAACGAUGCCGCACGUUUUCCUGCCGAGUCUGGCCCCGGCGCAACCGCCGAACUAGCCAUGCACUGGGUCAGCCAAGUGCUGCAGUUCAAGACACGAUUCGACACCGUUCUAUAUACCAGCUUCCGAGGCGACAAGUCGUGUGGCGCAGCGAUCAACGAAGCAUUUGACUCGUUCGUCAACAUGAAUCCCCGCGCGCCCGAAUACAUUUCCCUCUUUAUCCAUGAACACCUGAAGAAAGGCGCGAAAGUCACGUCGGAUGCGGGGAUCGAGCAGGUGCUCGACUCCACCAUUGCAAUCUUCCGCUUUGUGCACGAAAAAGACAUGUUUGAGCGGUACUACAAGCUUCAUCUAACGCAGCGCUUACUCCACGGCCGGUCUGUCUCGGACGACGUCGAGCGCGGCAUGAUUGGCAAGCUCAAGGUCGAGUGCGGCCACGGCUACGUGCAGAAACUGCAAGGGAUGCUGAACGACAUGAAACUUAGCGAAGAGGUGCUCGCUGCGUUUCACCAGCGGCAAGCUGCACACCUGGCUUUCCAGCUCAACGUGCAUGUUCUCACCGCAACCUACUGGCCGAUCGCCGCGCCGCAGGCGCCCGUGUUCUUUUCUCCUCUCCUGCGCAAUGCGUGCGCUGCAUUCGAGCAGUUCUACGCGCAGCGACAUCGCGGGCGUGUGCUGACCUGGCAACCGAAUCUCGGUUCCGCCGACGUCAAGGUCCGUUUCCGUGCACGGACCCAUGAGCUGGUCGUCUCGACCUUUGCGCUCGUCGUCCUGCUCUUGUUUGAGGAGGAGGAGACGUUGGGUUACAAGACAAUUCGCGAAAGCACCAACAUUGGGGACACGGACCUUCAGCGCACGCUGCAGAGCCUCGCGUGCGCCAAGUACAAGAUUCUGCACAAGGUGCCCAAAGGCCGCACCAUCCACGAGGACGACACGUUCCACUUUAACGCGGACUUUACCGCGCCCCUCGCCCGCAUCAAGAUCGCUCAAGUCGCGGCCAAAGUCGAGACGCCCACCGAGCGCAAAGAGACGGCGGCCAAGGUCGAAGAAGAGCGCAAGAGCCAAGUAGAGGCUUGCAUCGUGCGCGUAAUGAAGAACCGCAAGACGCUCUCACACAAUGACCUCGUAAACGAAGUCGUGCGGCAGCUCUUGCCGCGCUUCCAACCGACGCCCGCAUUGAUCAAGAAACGGAUCGAGUCGCUGCUCGAGCGCGAAUUUCUCGAGGCACACACGCCGUGCGCCAGGCAACAAGCGUCGCCCUCCGAGGCGGACGAUUUUCUUGCUCGCGCGCAAGCGCUCGGCUUGCGACUCACGCGCGCCGACUACGAACGCACACGCGCGGGUGUCGCGGCAUUCCUAAAGGCCGAGCGCAUCCCUCUCGGCUCGCCUUCCGCGUCGACUGAUCCCGUGGAUGAAGAGCGCAAAGCACCGCUUCCCGACCCGUGCCUCUCCCCGAGCGAGUCCGAAAGCAGUGUAAGCCGGCAAGCAAGCAGCGUCGAUCCACCAGCCCUUUCCCGUUGGCUGCGCACCACAAGCGGGCAGCUCGGCUUCUUCACAGCGGUCGUGCGCCAGCACGCCGGCGAGAAGGGGCGCCUGCGCAUCUCGCUGGACGAUGUCGGGAGCGCCGAAGAACGGCGCCGGCGUCGCCGACGCCGACGGCGCAUACUCGAAAAGCAGAUGCUAUUGGAGAGCAUGCCCCUCUCCCCACCACUGCCCGGCCACGAUGCCGUGCCCCAAACUCCGCGCCGCUGCCAACUUUUGCGCAGCAGCACGCCUCUUUCCCGCCCCGUACAGCCUACUCCGCCCGGGACGGACGAUUCGCGUGCGAGUCCUUCCUCGCCAUCGAGUCCCGAGCUCAACGUGCUGAACCGCAUGGCCCGUAUGGACCACGGCGGGAAACUGUGGCUCGCCUCGCGCCACGACGACGCUUUCGAUCCGAAAAGCGAAGACAGCACCGCGCUCAACGACGACUCAGGCGUUUUUUACGAACAAGACAAGUCGGAUAUGCUUGGCUGGGGGCCGCGGCCGUUCGCACGUUCAAACACAGACAAUCUAGACGCGUGCAUGAAGAGUAUGAGUCUACUGGAUCGGAUCAUGCUGAGCAAAACGAGUCCUCGCCGCAUCCGCCGCGAGGCCAAGGAGCGCGAGCGACUGCGCGUCGCACCUUUUGACACGCUCGAGCACCUGCAGCCCACGUACGUCGAUGCGAAAGACGACACGCCCGACACGAGCAUGGCCAACUGGGCAGACGUGUCCUCGGAAUCGUCUGGACACAAGCGCCAAAGCAGCUCCUCCGGCGGACGCUUUCUCCGCGGCGCCUCUUCGACGCCGCUGCACAGGCCGCCCUCUUCUGCGCGCGGCUCGUACGACUUUGUUCUGCACGACUCGUCCCCAGAAAAAAGCACGCCGGCGCGCUCCAUGCUUGACUCGCCGCUUCGCACACGCCGCUGUUCCUCGCGCACGCCCGCAAAGCGUGACGUAGACGAGCCCAGCGCAUCUGCGACACCGCUCACCAAGCUCGACCCCAACAUGCAAAUCACUCCGAUGCGCUUUUCUCCCGAGUAUGGGCUCGCUUGUGCGCAUGCGUCCAUGUUUUCUCCUAAUCUCCUCACGCCAUGGACUCACCAGGGCCGGCUGAUGUCCAAUGCCGGCCUUGCAGCUGUCCCUAGCUCCCCGGCAGACUGGGAAGCACCCGCGCGGCAGUCCAGGGCGAAUUUUGCCUACUCGUCCACGCCGCUAUCCCACCUCCCGUUUGGCGAAGCAGACGCGACAAACAUUCCCCAGGUGGUGCCCUCGCCGAACCGCCUCCUUUGCAUCGAAUCCUUCCCUGGCAAGUCGCCGCAACAGCGCGCCUAUUUCGCACGCAACUCGCCCGUCAAAGUCACACACGCAAGUCCGCUGGCCGACAAGAGCAACGCGCGCCAACUGCAAGUGAGCCCUGCGCUGCGCACGGGCAGGGCAGGGCUUAGCCGUACCGCGCUCGAGACGCCAUGGGACAAGAUUCCUUUCCAGCGCACCGAGACGAUCAGUCCCGCCGACAUUUUCCAUCCCGCCGCAGCUGCAUGGCCAGCGCCGCCGCUCAUAGAGGCCGAGGUGUGCGAGGCAGACGAGCACGACUUGCCUUCUGUGAGCAGCUCGCCCGAGACGGCAUCGCACCGUUUGCGCACCGGACGCCGCAAAAAUGUACUGCAGCGCACCCCCUCUGUUGCAUCGAUCCUCCCGACACACUGCGACGACGUUUUUGCCAAAGACAAGGCACCCGAUCCUAUGUUUGGCGAAGCUUUCUGCCAGGUAGCUGUACACGAUGGGCAGACCGAGUGGGAGCAGCCCAAUGGGAGCAAAAUAGUCAAGCUUGUCUCUGAAGAGCUCCAAGCCGCGAUUGAUUCCGGCACGCUGGACCACGAGCCCGAGCCGCGCUUCUACCGACUCCCGCCUGGUUAUGGCACCGGCAAGGCAAAGCCCUCGUCUGUCUCCUAUGCAGGCUUGAUUGGCCAAGCCAUUUUGAGCUCCUCCGACAGCCGCUUGAGCCUCGCGGAGAUUUACAAUUGGAUCAGCACCGUGUACCCAUUUUACGAGCGCGGCGACCGCGGCUGGCAGAAUAGUAUCCGGCACAACCUCAGCCUAAACAAGAGCUUUGUCAAGCUCGAGCGCGAGUCGACUAUCCCAGGCAAAGGCGGCUGGUGGGCGAUUGUGCCGGGGCACGAACCGCGCUUCAAGAAUGGGCUCUACGUUCCGAGUGCAUCGCGCAAUGAGCCGGUCCAAAGCACACGCGCAUUUCGUUCGUCCUACUCUGCCCCAGCCCAUGCACUGCCGUCCCCAGCGAAGGACGAUGUGCGCAAACGGCGAACGGCGGUGCCAGCGGCCGAGGCUGGCGCCGACGCCGACGAAUCCAGGCCCGACGUUUCGCGUCAGCUGUUCAAGCGUGCACGCACAGUCCAGCACCCCAUCCCGUUUGAGCACGUCGGGGCGCUUUGCGACGUUGCGAACACGAGCGGCCAUUUGCCGCUCUUGACGGACAGUACCAGCAGUCCCGAUACGAGUCCCAUGCACAGUUUUUCGCACGAUAAGAGCGCCGUGAUGCAUGGGGCAUGGCCGAACCAGGGCAUGUUUGCGCAAAGUAAGCAGUUGAGCGCAAUGCACAUGCAGCCCAUGGGCGAGAUCGCAGGCUACCCCGCGCCGAUGUAUAUGAACGCGGUGCAUACAAAGCCCGUGCCCACACCGUACCUCUCGCCCCAGAAGCGGUCGCCUGUCACGGCACGGCAGCGUCCUGCGUACAGUCCAUUCACGGGCCCGAACCCGUUCCAUAGCUAG